UUUUUUUUCGUUGUAAUUAUUAUUGUGCAUUUAAUAUUGAACACGCUCGCGCUUCAAAUACAUUCAAUACACAAGUCAAUGGCGAUCCACGUCGUUUACGUGCCAGAAAUUCUAAAUCGCAUUCCGAAUGUAUAAACAAAUCAUAAUUUUUUUCGGCAUAUUAUUGAGGCAAUUUUGGCAAAUUGAUUGAUAUUCGCACACACUAUUAGUACAUACAGCAUACACACUAUUUAUACACGCGCACCACAUACGAAUUAAACAGUCGUCAUUGUCUCAUUUGAUUUCACAGUUGAAUUCUUGGCACACAUUUUUAAUUCAUCCGCGUAUGAAUGAAGUGUUCGGUGUGUGCGACGCCACUAUAUAUUUUUUAAAUUCCUCUAUCACGUUCGAAUUUUUCGAUCGAUCCAAAUUUUAAAUUCAUUUUAAAUCGAUUUAUCGAAUGUAUGGCUGCUUUUUCAACGAAUCGCGAUAGCUUGAAACAAAUUGUGCAAAUUAAAAAUUAGUGUGAAAACCAAGUGAAUCUUUUGAAAGUGUCAGCGAACAUCAAGCGAGGAGAACACUAAACAAACCUUAAUUCCACGUAAUAAGUGGAAUAAUAACGAAGAAAAAUUACCUCUCGGCCUGUGUGUGCUCAAUAGAAGCUGUGUUUGAGUUACAGAAUUGAAUCGAAGAAAGAGAAAAAAGUAAAAACUAUCGAAUACACAAUGGCAAUGAAAGAAUUACUGUAUCGAUUGCGACCGAUGCAAAUUUAUAUAGUGCUUGCGUUGUCAAUUGCCUAUUUCAUUAUGCAAUUGUUUCUGAGUCACAUAACUCAUGCGCUCACACUGUUGGUCGAUUCGUAUCACAUGUUAUGCAACAUAGUCGCACUCAGCGGAUGUAUAAUAACAAUUAAGCAUUGUAACGAUCACAGCAAUAGUAAAAAUAGUAUUAGCAAAAGCAGCAGCGACGAUGGUGGCAAUAAUAAAGGCAAUUUUCCGUCGAUAUUUACAAAAUCAACAACAACAGCGACCAAUAAACAAUUUAUUGAAGUGAAUGAGGCGGAAGCGCAUCGACGAUCGUUGCGUAAUACAUUCGGUUGGAUGCGCAUUGAAAUCUUAACAAUGCUUGCUGCUGGCAUUUUUUUGGGCUCAUUUUGUUUUUCAUUGGUUGUCGAAGCGAUACAAACGCUCAUUCACAUUGAUCACCAGGACACAAUGCAUUAUCCAGUGUUCGUUUUUCUACUGAGUAUUGGCGGCUUAAUUUUAAAUAUAUUUUGCUACAUCAUGAUUGGCGGUUAUACGUAUCAUCAGGGUAGUUUUUUGCAUAUAACUUCCGAUGGUGAUGUAGUGCUUGAUGAAAUGGCCCACGAAGAGGGAAGACUGUGCCGCAGUAGUGGUCGUUUAUCGAAAACAAAACGCACCGAAAAUACACAGAGCAAUGCAGCUAUUCAAAGUACCGCUUCAUCCAUACAAAUUGAUGUAACAGCAUCGACCCCAGUCAAAAAUGUACCAACUAAUCAAAUCACAUUACGGACACACGGCUAUGCACUGAUGCGUGAUAUCAGCAGUACGCUGUUUGUGAUGAUUUGUUCAAUCAUCGUUUAUUUUGCGGACAAUGAAAACAUUACAAAGUAUGUUGAUCCAAUUAUAUCAAUUGUUUCGGGCAUCACUUUGCUUGUGUUGAGCUAUCCAUACAUGAAAGAAUCAUGCUUGAUAUUGCUGCAAACCAUUCCGGCAUCCAUUGAUAUUGAGGUCUUUAAAUCGGAUUUAUUACGAAAAUUCGAUGAUAUUGUCAGUGUUCACGAUUUACAUAUUUGGCAAAUGACAUCCAGUAAAUUCGUAUCAACAGUACACAUCUUAUUCCAUAGUCCAAUGGUCUACGUAAAAAUAAAGGAUGAUGUUGUGAACUUUUUCCAUGCUCAGGGAAUAACAAUCGUAACAAUCCAGCCGGAAUUCAAAACAAAAACGCCAAACGAUCCAAAUUCAAAUAAAUGUGGUAAAUUAUUAUUGCAAGAAUGUUUGAUUGGAUGUCAAAGUAUUGAAUGUGCGCCAAAAACAUGCUGUUCAAAAAGCGAUCUCGAUGCAAUCCUAAUCGGUGACGCUGAUAAAAAAUCGAAAAAGUCAAGAAAAUCGAAAACCGAUCGAAAAUCGAAUUCAAUGCUAAGUUUGAAUGUAACAUCAUUGGAAAAAUUACGUAAAUUUGCCAGCUCAACGGAUGUAAUGAAGAAAAGUGUGAGUGAAUCGCAUGUAACGCAAAUGGGAUGUGAUGAUAGCAUUGAUUCACAAAAUACAUCGGUAAAUGUAUCGAAAACACCAUCAAUGGCAAAUAAUUUAUAUUCGAUACACGAUUCAAUUGAUGAGCUCGCCGAAAAGGAAUUCCAUGAACAAUGUGAUGCACGUAACCAACUACAACUACCCAAUGAUCAACAAACACAACCAAAACAAUGUGAAUCGAAUGCCGAACAUGAAGAAGAUUCUACUUUGUUGGAUAAGGAUAGCCGAUUGACGGUAACAAAUACAUCAUCCGGCACCAGUGCAGAUGAAUCAUCAGCCAAACAAAAUGAACAUCGAAAAUAAAUACAUCGCAUUCACAUUCGUCCAGACUUUCCCCUUCCCCUUGCACACACACAAACACUUCAAGUGCCAAUACCAAUUUCGAAUUACUUUUACGAAUCGAUCUUUUCGCUUUUUUUAAGAACACAUAUUUGAAAUGAUGAUAUAUAAAGUAGUUUUUUUUAUUAGAAUAAGACAAAACCACAUAUUUAAGACUGAUUGAUGAUGAUUUUCGAUGAUUACAUAAAGAGAUCCACACAGAGAUGCAGUUUAUUUUGAAUGAAAAUAAUUACACACAAUUGAUAUUCCAUUUUAUUACGAAUUUAUCACAAAUGAAAGAGAGAUAGAUAGAGAGAGAGAAAGUGAAAGCAGAAAAUGAAAUAAUUUACAUCGUAAGUAAAAACAAAAAGUGGUUGUGUUAAGAGCUGUGCAAUAUUGCACAAUGGAAAAUAAUGCACAAAUCGAUAUAGCAAAAAUGUAAAUGUAGUCCUUUGCAUUAUGUUGGAAAGGUUGAAAGCCAUAUCACAUGCCAAAACUGUAUUAUUUUUAAGUGACGAAUUGAAGAAUUAUGAUGAUAUAUUUUAGUUUUUUGUAAUUCAAUUUCGAAAAAAAAACGCCCAAAAAAUUAUGAAAUAAAUACAAUAACGAAAAUUUUGUUCAAACAUA